AUGAGUGGCUACGAGCAUUCCGAUCCCUUUGAUGCGGGGAAGCUCCUCGUCGGCUCCAUCCAUCAACUCCACUAUGAACAGUAUGGAAAGCCGGACGGAAAGCCAAUCGUGUACCUACACGGUGGCCCUGGAGGACACACGAGGAGAAGCAAUACUUCCUACUUCAACCCAGACAUCUAUCGCGUAGUCCUUUUGGACCAGCGUGGGACCGGGAAAUCCCAGCCCGCGCCGGACAUCAGGGAGAACACGACGCCAGAGCUGGUUUCCGACAUCGAGGCCCUCAGAGUCCAUCUCGGUAUACCUAGAUGGCACUUGGUCUACGGCGGCUCCUGGGGCUCCACGCUGGCGCUGCUCUACGCGCAAACCUAUCCCGAAAUGGUUGGAUCGCUCAUUGUGUGGGGGGUAUUUACAACCCGCAAAUCGGAAGUAGAUUGGUCCCGAGGACACGUUGGAGCGCCUUCAGUCUUUCCUGAAGCAUUUGAAGCAUUUGUCAACCACCUCUCCCCGGAGGAACGUGGCGAUUUGACGGGAAGUUACUAUAAAAGGCUGACUUCCGGGGACCAUGCGACGCGGGUUGCGGCAGCGAGAGAGUGGAACCGAUGGGAUCUGAGCAUUGGAUCAUUGAAGAUCGACGAGGUGGACUUCCAGCAAUUGGACGACGAGGGCUGGUCGCUGCCUCAUGCGGUCCUGGAAGCGCAUUACUCAGUGCAUGAUUUCUGGCUGGAAGAUGGUCAGAUCUUGAAAGCCGAAAACUUGGCGAAGAUACAGCAUAUUCCUGUUACCAUCAUCCAGGGCCGGUACGACAUGGUCUGCCCCCCGCAGACGGCGUGGGAGCUGCAUAAAGCCCUGCCCAAGUCACGGCUGAUUUGGAUCCCUGACGCUGGUCACACCCCACAGGAGCCUGGUACCCGAGCAAAGUUGCUUGAGGCGUGUGAUAACCAUGCAAGCCAGGAAUUCUGA